AUGUCAACUUCGAGCAAUUCACACUUGGAAUAUCGCCAGCAGCCCUUGUUGGAGUUGGUGCAUUCGGAGGAGAGCUACGUGCAGCAACUGCAGUUGGUUCGAGAUACCUACAUGACAGUGGUGAAUACACAGAGCUUCUUCGCCCCCACUCCGUGUCUCUCUCGAAAUGAGAGCUUUUGCUCCGAACGCUCCAGCACACUCUCAACGCUCCCCUCCUCACCAGGUCCCUCGUCACCACAGCAGCCUAUUCCCACCCCACCGGUUGAAUUAGCUAAUCGAUGGCGAAUCAUUUGGGGCAAUUGGCUCCAACUCACUGAAUGGCACAGUCAAUUCGUCGAGAAGUUAAAACGAGCGGUUGACGAGCAACCAAACAACGUGCCUCGGCUCUUUCUCAACUCCCAGUCCCGUCUGCGCUCGAUGUACAUGAAGUAUUGUGAAAACUACUCCAAGGCGGUGAUACUUGUUGCGCCCUUUAAGACGUACUUUGAGGAACUAAGGCGUGCCUUCGCGGACAAGAAUGACAUUCUCUCACGUCUGAUGCAGCCAAUUCAACGCGUGACCCGAUAUCAGCUCCCCAUGAUGGAGGCCCUGAAGUUGACUGAACAGGCCGGCUCUAGGGAAGCCCCCACGUGGAGGGCUGCAGUCAUCGUCCUCAAGAACCUGCCAAACGAUGUGCAACUCAUGCUCGAGGUCAGUGCUCGAACGCUUUUUUAUUCUUCCUAA